UUACCAAACUGGCAUACAUUAGACAGUGACCACCAAAAUCCUAUCCUCUUCAACUAUUCAACCUCACAUAAUAUUUUCCAACCCAAAAAAACCAAAAGAAAAAAAAAAGAAGGGCUCCCAACUUGUGAAGAAGCUAAUGGCUUCAAUAACUGGUAGACAACUAAUCAAUCCUCAAAUAACAUUACAGUCUAACAAAUCAUACUUUUCAGGUCAUCACAGCAUUUCAACUUCAUUCUCUUUCAAUGGGAAUCACAAUGACAUUCAGUUUCCUACGUUUUAUUCCGGCCAACGGAAUAUGCCGGUUGCGGUAAAAUCGUCACCUGGAAAAGAUGGUGGCAUUGCCGGGGUUGACGAAGAGGGUGUAUCUCUUGGAACCAUGAAGUUGCCUUCAGACACUGAUAUUUCAAGGUUUGAGACUUUACUCUUUCAGUGGGCUAAUAGUCUGAACCAAGGAGCUCAGAUGCCACUUCCUGUUCCAUUGAAGGUGGAUAAGAUUGAAGGAGGGGUAAGGCUAGGGUUUGUGGAAAUCGACGAUGGGAAGACAGAAACUAAAGUGUACAUUGAUUGUCAAGUAGUUAGAGGAAGCAACAACUCUGGUGCUCCAGUAUUUGUAGCAACUAGAAAAGGACUCCUCAAAAACAAGGUGCCUCUUGGUGAGCCUAGAAUUAUGAAGAGCCUCCUUGCUGCUCUCAAGACAUCAGUUGAAAUCGCCAGAGCUUGACCAUUUUCUCUCAUUAUUUUUAACUCACUUUAAACAUGUUGAUAAUUACUUGUUGUUCUUAUUGAUUAAGGAAUAAGGAGGUUACUAAACUCUUCGUAAUCAUAUAUACUUAAGUCUACUGAUAAUGAUUAUUGGAUUUUCUAUA